CUCUGUUCUCUUUCCACCUUUCAAUUCCCAUCAAUCAUGUUUCUCAUCUACUUACUUCCCAUCCUGUUUAUCCUCUACUUCCUCUAUACCCGCCUCACAUCUUCCCUCUCCAAACUCCCCGGCCCUUUCUAUACUAAAUUCACGCCUGUCUACCUUAUCUACAAAGAGUUUACCGGUCAGCGGCGACUCUACAUCGACUCUCUGCACUCUACUUAUGGCCCUGUCAUCCGCAUAUCCCCCACCGAAUGCAGUUUCGCCAGCUAUGAAGCCAUGAAGGAGAUUUAUACCUCUGGCGGUAGUGGCUACGACCGAACAGAGUUUUAUGAACUGUUCAUGCAAUUUGGAACCAAGACCUUGUUUUCCAUGCCGCCGAGGGGUGAGCAUAGUCAGAGGAAACGGUUGCUUGCGGACAGAUAUGCGAAUAGUAAUAUUUUGAGGCCAGAAACAGUGGAGGGCUUGACAAAGAGAGCGAAUCGGUUUUUGGAGAAUUGUUUAGGAGAGGAGGGGGCUGAUGCUGAUGUUUAUCAUUUGUUUGCUCCCUAUGGCACGAACUCGCUCGAGGAUCCCGAGAAUUUUAAGAUCAUGCAGGAAAUGUCUUAUGCGGAUAGUCUGCGAGGUUUGUUCUUUUACUAUGCACCGAAGCUUGCCGAACUGUUCGACAGGCUCAACUCAAAGCGCUCGCGAUCAGUACCUCUGGCCAACGAAUUCGUCCUCGAUGCAGUAAAGAAACUCAAUCCAGCAUCCUACUCCCUACUCUCAAAACUGCAUUCCAAAGCUUCGGAACUGGAGGAUCUUUCUGCAGCAGCAGAAUGUAUGGAUCACUUGGCUGCCGGCAUCGAUACUACUGGCGACGGACUCUGUUUCCUCAUGCACGAGAUUUCUUUGCCUGAAAACGCUCACAUUCAAGAUCGCUUACGGAAGGAAAUAAACAGCAGCAACGACAAGAGUUUUGAUCAAUUGCCUUAUCUGGAUGCGGUGGUGAAGGAAGGACUUAGAGUUUUCCCACCCAUCCCCAUGAGCUUUCCGAGAUAUACGCCCGAUGCCGGCGCAGUCUUGGAUGGCUAUUAUAUCCCUGGCCACACCAUAGUUUCCUGUCAGCCUUUCACUCUGCACAAGGAUCCUAUUGUGUUCCCUUCGGCUGAGAGAUUCGAUCCGCAGCGAUGGCUUGAGGAUCAGGGAGAAUUGGAGCGAAACCGCAUGUUCUUUGCUUUCUCGCAGGGUGCGAGGGGUUGUAUUGGGAAGCAUCUGGCUUUGGCUGAGAUGAAGAUACUCUUGCGAGAAGUCUACGGGAGCUAUAGAACGGUAUUGGGCAAGGAGAAGGCGGAUAUGAGGUUUGAUGAUCAAGUCAUCUCUUCACGACCCAAGGGACAGAAGUGUCGAUUGCGAUUUGAGAAGGUUGUUUAG